UUCUGUCAUCAGCACAAAGACAGCCUUCAGGGUAGUUGGCGCAGUGGUUUCACGGGGCUAAAAGUGCUUUUAUAAUCAACAGAACAGCUGGGAUUGAGAAUAACCGCUGUCAGAGUGGACUUCACACAAAAUCUGUGGUUUUAAUUUAGCUGUCCCUCAUGAGAGAAGCGCUUUGAAAAUGCAAACCUCCCCGAAUGGCUUUGUGCACACGUGUGGAUUUAUGUCCUCCUGUCAGUGGUAGUACCAACUCGAUUUUCUGUCUCAAUUUGUCCUUCAAAGGAAGCCUACAGGAUGCGAUGGACAGUCUUUCUCUUAGAGUACUUCUUGGUGAAAGUUCUGGUGUUGUUGUGCCGCGCGGACGGAGAAGCGCAGCAGCAGCUCGAGGGAUUCAUCAUGCUCUCAGGAUCCAACGGGUCCCGGGAUGAGGAGAGCGGCGUUUCCGAAGCUCCACAUACAGAGGACAAAUGUCGGGGUUACUACGAUGUCAUGGGACAGUGGGACCCGCCUUUCGUUUGCCAAACAGGCAGUUAUUUAUACUGUUGCGGCACUUGUGGCUUCCGCUUUUGCUGCGCUUAUAAAAACUCUCGUUUGGAUCAGAACACCUGUAAAAAUUACGAUACGCCAGAAUGGUUAACAGGGCAAACACCAUAUAAGAAAACUGACCCUAGACAUGAUCCAACCAAGGAUAAAACAAACUUGAUUGUGUAUGUCAUUUGUGGAGUAGUGGCAAUCAUGGCACUGGUGGGGAUAUUUACAAAACUUGGACUAGAAAAGGCUCAUAGACCUCACAGAGAAAGUAUGUCUCGAGCUGUGGCCAGUGUGAUGCAAGGUGCCCGUCAGGGUCAGCACGAGGAGGCCAUUGGAAUGCACACACAGCAUUAUGACAUUGUGCAGGCGAGAGCAAACAACAUGCAAGGUGGCCAGAUAAACAGCAUGAUGCAAACUCACCCGUAUCCAGCCCUCAGCCAGCUGUCCCAUGUCUAUGAGCAACAGCAGCCAGGAAAGGAACUCAACAAAUAUGCUUCAUUGAAGGCUGUGGCGGCCAAAGCCAAUGGUGACUUCCUCAACAAGCAACACCGUCACUUGGUUGAGUUGGCGACUAAGGGAAGCCUACCCCUUCAUCCAAUGAGAAUGGAGCAUGUGGAGCCCACAGCUUCCUACGUCACAGAAGUCCCAUGCCUCAAGCAAAAUGGACAGAAGCCCAAGAGCAGUAAAGGCAAUGUGUCCCAUCCCGCAAUGGCCUACAGCUACAAUACCAUAGCAAACCCAGGCAUGCUGAGGAGCUGGGAGGCCACAGAGACUGUGGGUCGACGUAAAACCUAUGGCCCCAGGAAGCUGUGCACAGUCGAGCAGGGUAAUGAGCUACACACUGCCCGCAGUCAUCAUUACCUUCCCACGCAGCCCUACUUUGUAACCAACAGUAAGACAGAAGUGACUGUGUGAGAGGCUGAGUAUUGUUUGAAGAGAGCAGCAGAGAGCCAAAAGUGAUUAUCGGCAUGAAAUGACUCUCCACGCUGCCCCAAAUGGACUGGAGGCACAAUAGGGGUGAGCAUGUGAUGCUAUGACUGGGCACCAGAGCCAACAUCAGCUGACUGUGAGGCCAGGAACACUUUGAAUUGUUCACCACUAUUUAUAUCCACUGUAACAAUGAUGUUGUUGUGUUUUGUCAAUGACAAAGAAACAGAUGUAAAGAACUGGCACAAGAAAAGAUUUAGAUCAAAAAAGCAAUAGCAAAACGAUCUAAUAAACGUAUACCGAGAGAAUGGCUACAGAAAGACAAGACAUAAAAGAAAUGAAACACAUUGCAUUAUUGAUCCCAGAUAUUAAAGGGCUGGCAUGAAGUAUGAAUCACAAGGUGAUGCUCUUAUCUAAAAUAAUUUACCAUAAAAGGGUCAGGUGCAGAUAUUGAUUCAACGGCAGGAACUAUAUUUUAAAAGAUGGCAGAAAAGACAACAGUGGCAACUGGUUUGAGGCUGUGCCUUUAAUUUUCACAUAAUAAAGCACCUCGGUCAAGCACACUAAAACAUGUUUGAUUCUGGAGUCAGAAGAGUAUUAGUGGAGGUGGCCACAUAUGCUAAUUUUUAGUACAGAAUGCCAUGAGGUAGCACUGUCAUGCCAUGAACAACACUGUUAAAAGGACAUAGAGGCUUGGGCACAUUUUGCAUCUGGAAGUACUUGAUCUUUGGAAAUAUGUGUUUGGUCUCCUUUUUGUGUAACAUUUGGCGUUACAUUCUUAUGUGUACUCUCAAAUGCAUAAGAGCAUGUUGAAAUACUUGUCAAAUGUUUCUUCACAUCAGUAGGUGUAUCUGCAGCUCAGUUGCUGCCACAUUUAAAGGGAUGGUUCACACGAAAACUCUGUCAUCAUUUACUCACCCACAUCAUGUUGCUCCAAACCAAUAUGAUUUUAUGUGUGUGUGUGUGUGUGUGUGUGUGUGUGUGUGUGUGUGUGUAUAUAUAUAUAUAUAUAUAUAUAUAUAUAUAUAUAUAUAUAUAUAUAUAUAUAUAUAUACACUGUAUAUAUAUAUAUUAGGGCAGAUUUUACACUGAAAGCCUCAGUCAACAUUUACUUUCACAGCAUUUUUUCCUUUUGUGUUCAAUGAAAGAAAGUCACACAGAUUUCGAACAACAUAAUAGUGAGUAAAUGAUGGAAUUUGUAUUUCUGGUUAAACCAUCGCUUUAAGUUUUUUUGCACUUUUACUUUCACAAUGUGUCGUACGGAAGGUACAUUUUAUUUAUUUAUUUUAUUAUUUAUUUUUUUCAGACAAAUGAGAUCAUAUAAGUCUACUUAUUUAUACCAUUGUCAGUAUAUGUAUGCAAAUUAUACAGUACAUUGAUUAUUAUUUAGCAUUAUUUCUUGUGAAUGUAAAUGUUUCUGUUGCUACAUCAUGGAGUGGUAGGUCUUGAGGUGAAGAUAUACUUUAAAAUGGAGUAAUAGAACUAGAAUCCAGUUGUAUCCAAUUGAGUUAAUUCUGCAAUGCGUAAACCUGGAUAUAUCAAACUAAAGAACUUGAGAACUCCCUCCUGAUUGAUCAUGUGGAUGGAAUAACUCUAGUCUAGGAUGGAUCCUGUCAGCCUCAUUGCCUGUUCCAUGUUUCUCAGUUAUUCUGUUGAAUGCUGUGUGCAUGUCAUGCUGAGCAGUAAGCAGGGCCAUACUUGCUUGUUUUUGCAUCAUGGGAUCUUACCUUUGCUGAUUUAUUUUCAUUUUUCAUUCUUUUUUUCAUCAUGCAUUAAAUCUGAAAUAAACAGAAGCAUGAGAAUAAAUACAGUAUACAGGUACAUCUACAGAAAACCUUUUAUAUAACCCAUAACACACGCUCACAAAAUUCUGAGGUUAUAUGUCCAUCCAAGGCCGUUGUUGUGUUUUGUGAGAACUAUCCAGUAAAAUUGGCAGCAAAUCUUUCAUCUCCGGCAAUGCUGAGGAACUCCCAGACUGAUUUGAGGAAGAGGAAGGCCUCUGAUUGAUUCGAUUCAGGUACUUUGAUCAAGAAUAAGUCAGCUAAUCCAAUCCUCAUGUGCAUGCAUUCACCUUUGAACAGGUGCCGGAAAUCAGCCUGCGACUGAAUAAACCUAUUUCGGACGGGGCCUUGUUGAGCUGCCUGAAAUCAAAGUUCUGUUCGGUGAAUUAAGAUCGAGGGUGCAAGUGACCUAGUUAAUCAGCACUGGCCUGUGUUAGCAGACUGGGUGGUCGAUUGGAUUUGCGUGCUGAGAGCCCAGAUUGAGCCUUGUAUUAACCAGAGAUUCUAUAGCUUUUAACAUAGCUUCCACUUUUAUAUAAACUGGAGAGAGUAAAGAAGUCAUCAAAGCAACGUUUGGACAAUGCUAAACCUGAUAACCAUUCUUGAAUAAAUAUUAUUCUAUAUGGCUUGUAUAGAAUUUAUAUUAUCUUGUUUGUCGGGUUAAUCCAUCACAUUACACAUUAUCAGCUCCAGUGUUUUUAAUGUUAAAUUCUCAUGGAAGAGUUGUGUCUUUAGAUAGCAGGGUAACAAAUCAAUGGAUAAAAACUAAUAAUUUGCAUUCCUUAUUAAUCAUUGAAUGAAUCAACACAUCAGUCAAUUGAUGUUUAAUAAUUACUGCAUGCAUAUUAUUCCAAAAUUAGAUUAGCUGAGUUGGGAUGACCUCACAUAUACACAGGUAUAAGUAAAUAAGCACAAGCAAUGACUAGAACCAAAAAUCAAAACUUAAUCACAAAUAUUAAACACUCACUGACUGCUUUAUACUCCAGUCAUAAAUCUCCCAAUUAUGUGCACAACCAAAUUUCAAUUAAAGAGAGAAAUGAAGCUGAGAAAUUGACUGUGAUUAACAGAUUGAGCCUGAGAUAACUCUGAUUGUUAUGAGGUCAUGAUUAAUUUUGAAGUUGGAAAAGAGGUGAUCAUUUGGACCUAUGCUGAGAAACUAAUCAGAUUCAAGGGCUUAUCUUUUCUUUUCAUAUUAUAUUCCAGUAUUGCUACUUGUUCUUAGUUAAAAGUGGAAAAUGCAAUUCAUUUUGUUUACAGCCAUUUUGCAUUAGUAUAUCACAACAUGGAAGAUGCUGACUUUAAAACAGUAGUGUAAAUACUAUUUUUGUGCAGUGUCUUUGUAUACAUUUAACAUUUAUUAAAGAUACAUGAAACUGAUCCUCAGAUCUUAAUGGUAAAGGUUCAUCUAAUUGUUCUAUGAUUUCUUUAUAAUUUAUUUAAGAUUGCUUACUAUUAAAUUCACAAAUAAUGAACCAUGUCAAGAUGCUUUUGGUUUACUGUAGAAACAAAUUCUUUGUUUGUACUGGUGUAUACUAAUUUUAAGCUUGCAUAUAAUAAUAUCUCUCUUGGGCCAUUGAGGAUGUUUACAUGACAAAAGCUCUAGUUUGUUUUGCUUGUACUAAGUAAUGCAAAAAGUAAGUUAAUUUCAUCCAUAUAUGUUAAACAAUCUGUUCUCCCAAGCUGAUCUUUCAUUAAGUAUGCAAAACAAUACACAUUAAAUUGAUGUCCAUUUUAGAAAUGUUUAGGGCUAACCCAUGAAUAAAUUGAUAAUUUAUAAAUGUUUAUUAUAUAUACUCUGUAUGACUUGACAUUGCAUCUGAGUGACUGCUAUUGAUCUUGCUCUAGUUACAGGAUCACUUCUGAAUUAAAAUGUAGUUUACUUCACUU